UCGCUCGGAGAGCACCAGGAGGAGCGGACGUGGUGGAGAGGAGGGUGGCUGCUAGAUCAUUCAACAGCAGUGUUAGGGAGGAGAAGAUUGAGAGUGAAGGUGUUCCAGUGCUGCUGCUUGGGGAAGAGGCUGAGACAGCAUCAGAUGUGGAAGGAGCACCAGUCAAGUUCUCGUCCUGGGUUUUUGGCCCGGUGAUUGUAGCCCGAAAAGGAAAAGGAGGCAGCAGAACCAAGAAGGCCAUGGAAAUCAAUCUCAGCCAGAAUGUGGCUUGGCUCCUGCCUUUCUUCUUCCUGCUAGUGAUGGUCAAUGUUCGGUCCUCCCAGGGCCAAGGAUGUCCUCAGCGUUGCGACUGCAUCGGCAAGCUCAAGACCGUCUCCUGCCGCGGUAAGCGUCUGUCUACACUACCUGAAGGCAUCCCUCUGGACACUAGAAUCCUGGACCUGAGUGGGAAUAAACUGCGCUGGGUGGAGCAUGGUGACCUGCUUCCCUUCCUCCGCCUGGAGAGGCUUGAUCUCAGCGAGAACAUGAUCAGCGUUUUGGAACCAAAUGCCUUUUCUAGUCUCCAGAGUCUGCAGUCGCUUUCCCUCAGGGCUAACGAGCUGAAACUGGUCCCCAUGGGGACUUUUUCACACCUGUCCAAUCUCACCUCACUGGAUCUUAGUGAGAAUAAGAUUGUGAUUCUUUUGGACUUUACUUUCCAAGACCUUAAAAGUCUAAGGAAGUUAGAAGUUGGAGACAAUGAUCUGGUGUAUAUUUCUAACAAGGCCUUUUUGGGUCUGGUGGGACUGAAGGAGUUAACCAUUGACAGGUGCAACCUGACGUCUGUGUCAAGCCAGUCUUUGUCUUACCUUCACAACCUAGUCACACUGCGACUGCGCUACCUCAGCAUCUCCACCUUAGAGGACCAGAACUUCCGUAAGCUAGGAAACCUGAGGGCCCUGGAGAUCGACCAUUGGCCCUUUUUGGAGUUCAUCUCCUCUAACGGCCUGCAGGGUCUCAACUUGUCGUGGCUGUCUAUCACACACACCAAUCUCACCUCGGUGCCCACCUCUGCCCUACGCAGCCUCUCUCACCUCACCAGCCUCAACCUGUCCUUCAAUCCUAUUUCCGUCCUGGAGUCCUGGGCACUGAGGGACCUUCUCAGGCUAAAGGAGCUCCAUCUGGUCAACACCAGGCUGGUGAUGGUGCAGCCAUACGCACUGGGCGGUCUCAGACAAAUCCGCCUUCUCAACCUCUCAGCCAAUAACCUUGUUACCCUGGAGGAGGGUGCUUUCCAGUCGGUCAACACUCUGGAGACCCUGCGUUUGGACAGGAACCCAUUGGCGUGCGACUGCCGCUUACUUUGGAUCCUUCAGCGCAGGAAGACGCUUAACUUCGACGGUGCGUCCCCCGUGUGUAUGACGCCUGUCGAGGUGCAGGACCGAGCUCUGAGCGCCUUCACGGACUCAGCCCUCUUUGACCAUUUCACAUGCCAGAAGCCCAAAAUCCGCAACAGGAAACUGCAGCAGAUAUCGGCUCGUGAGGGGCAGGUGGUGUCGUUCAUUUGCAGGGCGGAAGGUGAGCCCACACCGGUCAUAUUCUGGAUAUCCCCUCAGCGCCGUCGCAUUACCACUAAGAGCAGUGGCCGCUUGACGGUAUUAAAAGAAGGCACCUUAGAAAUAAGGUAUGCGCAGGUGAUGGACAGCGGAACCUACAUUUGCAUCGCCAGUAACGCUGGCGGGAAUGACACUUAUUUCGCUACUCUCACCGUCAGUGGUCUCCCGCUCGACGCCACCCUAAUGGCCAACCGCACCUACUAUGCCGGAGACCUUAACGACACCAACCUGAACGAUACCAGAGUCUUUCUGAAGUUCACUCUGGACCUCAAGACCAUCCUCAUCUCCACGGCAAUGGGCUGUAUCAUGUUCCUGGGCGUCGUCCUCUUCUGUUUCAUCCUGCUCUUUGUGUGGAGUCGCGGGAAAGGACAACACAAAAACAAUUUCUCAGUGGAAUACUCUUUCAGAAAGGUUGACGGACCAGCCACCAGCGGAGGGCAGGGCGGGGCGCGCAAGUUUAACAUGAAAAUGAUUUGAUCCAACAGGUGGAGGUGUACUUUUUUAGUACUACCUUGCUAAAACCUGUGGGGGCAUCAGGACUCAGCGCCUUGCCUAAGAGCACCUAGAAAGGGGCAAACUAGUGACCGGUGUACAAAUUCAGCCGGGGUAAGCUCUUGCUCCCGCAUGAGCUUGAACAGUACUGUUAAGCAUUCUAGAAAAGGAAUGGAUGAACUUCUCCUUUCCUUAAUGCUCUUUUUAAAUGUCAGUCUCAUUCAUCAUUUGGUCUUUGUGUUCGCAACAUUAAACACAACCUCAGUAUACAUUUUGGGGAAAAAGACAGUCUUCACUAAAACAAAACUUGUUGGAGGAACCAAAAAUGUCUAUUUUUACGAGAAUUUAGUCACAUUUCUUAUGAAAAGUAUCAUCAAAGAGCGGAUCAGUGAGUGUUAGCAUGUCUGUCCGACAGACUGAAGCAACUUUUUAUGUGUGGAGUUUGAAUGUUCUCCCUGUGCUUGUGUGGGUUUUCUCCCACAUCCCAAAAAUGUGCAUGGCAGGCUAAUCCAUCCAUUGACUACCGCUUGUCCCUUUUCGGGGUGGCGGGGGGUGCUGGAGCCUAUCUCAGCUGCAAUUGGGCGGAAGGCACGGUACAUCUUAGACAAGUUGCCAUCUCAUCACAGGGCCAACACUCACAUUCACACACGAGGGCCAAUUUAGUGUUGCCAAUCAACCUAUCCCCAGGUGCAUGUCUUUGGAGGUGGGAAGAAGCCAGAGUACCUGGAGAGAACCCACGCAGUCACGGGGAGAACUAACCGGAGGCUCUAAAUCAGGCCUGGGCAAUUAUUUUGACUCGGGGGCCACAUUUAGAGAAAAAAAUGUGUCUGGCGGCCGGUAUAUCUAUUUUUAGGAACACUAAUACCAAAUCUCACAAUAAUGUCUGAUUGAAUGCUAAAAACUUUAUGACAGACCACCUUAAAAAACGUAAUGGAAUUUUAAAUUUUUCUAUGAAGGAUAAAACACUGAAUAUUGACAAAAUAUGAACUUCACACCCCCUUUCGAUCGACAUAUAUCAAGUGAAACGCAACAAAAAUGCAACAAACAGUGAAAUAUGAACACAAAAGGUACAAAAUAAACUCACCUACAAUCUGAUGUAUCUGAUAUUUGCUGAAUUCCCCCCAGGGAUCAAUAAACUACUUUCUAUUCUAUUAUAUUCUAUAUAUUACUAAGCUUUAGAACUUUGCUGUGAAAAUCUCCUUCCGCGUCUGUGGAAACGCUUCCCGCCCACACUGCUUGGUGCCUCGUCUGAGCUGCUGUGACGUAGAUGACCAUAGUAACUAAUUAUAUGACCAUAGUAACUAAUUAGAUUACCAUAGUAACCAGUAUAUCAUCCAUAAGCGCAGAUUCCAACCAUUGAAAUACUUUGUAUAGUUCAAGACUUACGGUCAUUAGAAAACAUCACUGCACAUCAUAAUGGCAGCUACACUUUAUCUUAAAGAUCUAAAAAAAUUAUUUGGGAAUGUCCGGCGGGCCAGAUUAAAAAGCUCAACGGGCCGCAUGUGGCCCCCGGGCCUUAAUUUGCCCAGGCCUGCUCUAAAUUGUCCAUAGAUAUAAAAUAUAUUUCAAACACUUGAACAUGGUGAGAAAUCUCCCAAUACAAAGAUUGUGACCAGAAUGAAGUGGUAACUCUACAGGACGAUAGAUAUAGUUAGGGAUGGGAAUCAAAAAAAUGGUUCUUGUUCAGAACCGGUUUCGACUUCUCAGUGUAUCGAGUACUUGGAAUCGCUUGCCACUUGUUCAAACGAUUCUCUUAUCCAUCCUUCCGGGUGGGGAUGACGUCGUGUAGUGACGUCAGAUCUCAAAAUGGCAGAGCCCGUGUGCAACCAACAUCCUAUAGUUGACUACAUUUUACAAGAAAAGACUGCAACAGCGCUACUUGUAGAAGUCAUAAGGCUGCUAGUUCAUCAAGAGGACAUGCGAGCAACAUUUGAACGCAUAACAUGCGUUCAAACUGAGCAGCGACUAAAUUUGUGGUCAAAAGUUAGCAUUUUCGGUCGGUGAAUGUUCAAUUGUAGUCAGAAAAGUUGCAUGUUUUCCUGAAACCAUAUUUUCUCUCAGUCAUUAUAUCAUACAGGUGAAACUCAUAAAAUUAGAAUAUGGUGUAAAAGUCUAUUCAUGUUAGCAAUUAACUUCAAAUGUGAAACUAAUAUGUGAUAUUAAAGGCCUACUGAAACCCACUACUACCGACCACGCAGUCUGAUAGUUUAUAUAUCAAUGAUGAAAUCUUAACAUUGCAACACAUGCCAAUACGGCCGGGUUAACUUAUAAAGUGCAAUUUUAAAUUUCCUCCUAAACUUCCGGUUGAAAACGUCUAUGUAUGAUGACGUAUGCGCGUGACGUCAAUGGUUGAAACGGAAGUAUGCGGACACAUUGUAUCCAAUACAAAAAGCUCUGUUUUCAUCUCAAAAUU